AUGGCCGAGGAGGAGUUCGAGAUCGACAUCUACGGCGACGCGCCCCAAGACCAACAGGAUGGCAAUGCCGAGAACUAUGACGGGCAGCAGGCCAACGGCCACGCCGACGACCACCACGAACACCAGGAGCAUCACGAGCAACGCGAGGACCAGCAGAAGCACGAUCACCAGACCCAGCAGCAGGAUGAGUAUAACGAGCAACAGGAUGCGCCCGCUCCCCAGCAGGGUGUGAAGAGGAAGGGCGACGACAGACCCGUCGACCCCGGUGCGACAACAGCCCUGAUGAUCUCGGAUCUCAACUGGUGGAACACCGACGACGAUAUUCGGGGUUAUGCCAGGGCCGCUCACUGUGAGGAUGAGAUGAAGGACAUCACGUUUAGCGAGCACAAGGUCAAUGGCAAGAGCAAGGGUCAAGCUUAUGUCGAGUUCACAACGCAGCAAGCAGCGACGGCCGCGAAGCAUGCCCUUGAAGCGACAGAUGGCGGGCAAGGUGUUCCCAAGAAGCACCAGGUCACUUACUCCAACCCCCACGUCAACCCGUUCCGGACGCUGCCUAAGGACGCGCCGAACCGCGCGGGCAAAGAACAGGGCAGCAGGCCCGGCAGCAACUACAACAGCCAAGGCCCACCCAUGGGCGGCGGCGAGUUCCGCGGUAACGGCUACCGGGGCCGCGGUGGUUUCAACGGCCCUCGCGGAGGUAUGAACCAAGGCGGGUUCAACCGCAACUUCUCGGGCGGUAUGGGAGGCGGCUUCAACAAUAACAACAACAUGGGCGGUGGCUUCAACAACGGCAUGGGUGGCGGCAACUUCGGCGGCGGCGGCUUCCAGCGAGGCGGUGGUUUCGGCGGAGGCAUGCGCGGCGGCCCCGGAAUGCGCGGUGGGCGAGGCGGAAUGCACAACCCCAUGGGCGGUAUGGGUAUGGGCCCGAUGGGCGGUAUGCCGAUGGGAGGCAUGCCCAACAUGGGUAUGAUGGGUGGUGGUAUGCCCGGUACGACUCCCCCCUCUCUUGGACUCUCCCAGCAUUGUCACAAUCCUUCAACACCUUCAACCGCGAAUGGGACAUCCCAGAGGGGCAAGCAAUCUGGCCGGCGCAAGGGCAAAGCUGCCAAGCCUGACCAAGCCCAGCCCCCGUCGCAUCCCAAGCGUCAAAAGGUGCAACAUCAGCCUGUAUCAACACAAUCCCAGCUUGUACCAGCACCAGAAGUGGGGCGAUGGACCAAAGAGCGAGGCCUGGAGUUCACCACCAGAGCCCCUUCACUCCCUGAUCUUCCGUCGUCAGACUUCAGGAUGCCUCCUUGCUCCGCUCGGCACUCUGGCAACCCCCCUGAACUAUUUCCUUCUUGUUUGCAAUUCAUUCGUCCCGUCCGCAGAGGACAUACAUACUGA